AUGAAAAACUACAACGGUAAUAGCUCUAGGAGCAAAAUGAAGGGGGAAAAAGGCGCUGCCCAGGGUGCCAGCCAUGGCGGUGGAUAUAAUGGCGGCUAUGGCGCUGGGUAUAGUGCUGGUCACAACUACAAUAGCGGUUAUUACCCAAACACCAGUUCAUCUUACCAUAAAAAAAAAAACAGCGCCAAGUACGGAAAGGGCGCGUACGAUAAUGAGUACACAAAGGAGAGGGAUAAGAAGAGGAAGAAUUUCGAUGGGAGGCCUCACAAAAAUGAGCAAUCGGCUGGUGGACACGGGAAUAGGGGUAAUACGAAUAGGGGCAACGCCAGUAGGGGAGGCCCCAAUAGAGGAGGCGUUGACAAUAGCGCGCACCUAGGCGACGCCCAGACGCAUGAAGACCUUUCAGCAUUUAGUCUGAACAAAAAUGAUAACAUCUUCGAAGACGUGGACAGAAUAAACAGCAUCACGUUCGGUCACAAUGACAACCCCGAGGGGGAAUUCUCCUACACCAUGAAUAACAGCCUAAUUGAAAAUGAAAAAAAAUUAUUUAAGUUAAACAAAUGGGACCAUAAAAAUGUGGACUCCUCCGAGUUUUUGCGUCUACAAGAAAGGGAUCUCAUUGAUAGCAGCUCUGCACAUUUUCGCAAACGGGAGGAUGAAAGGGAUCCCUUUUUUGCGUACAACGAGAGGGAGAAGCGGCAUCAGCAUCAGAAUGAGCAGCGGCAGGAGCAGGCGGGGCUUUACGGGAUUGACGAAGGAGUCCCGUCGAAUGAAGCAGGCCACAGUAACAAGCACAUGCAAAACCUGAGUUUCCCCUCCAACAGCAAACAAAGGAACAACGAAAGUGACGACCUCUUCCAGUUUGACAACAAAAUGUGUAACCUAACCAAAUUUAUUAAUAAAAAUAUUUUUUACACAAAUGAAAAUGAUGAGGUGAAAGGAGACGCAUUGAACGACGAUGAGUCCGUUGAGAGUGCAGAUCCAUUCGGUUUUAUUAACCCCCCCGAGACGAAUAAACAGUCAGUACAAAACAAGGUCUUAAGCAAAGGAGAUAUUAAAAGCCCCUCCAACGAUAAAGAACACAUACAAAGAAAAUUUUACCUAGAGGAGGAACAUCUGAAUAGGGACCAAGAGGACAACGAAUUCGAGAGGAAGGCAAAUGCCGAUUCGUACAGACUGAACGAAAAUGAUUUGACCAAAAUUUAUAUGAUGAACAAUUUUGAACAGCUCCAUGAUAACAGGACUUUUGUUGAAAAUUUCGAGGGCGAUUAUUUACACAUGUUAGGAAAAAAAAAUAUGAAAAAGGAAAAUAUGAAUAAUAACGUAGUGGGGGAUCUCCAAAGGAGACGUGGCCCAGAGGAAGCCGUAGGAAUGGAUGGACUCCCAUGGGGACAAGACCAAUCCGAGCAGGAGAGAAUGUUACAACAUACCCUGAUGAACAAUGAGGACAGGAAUUUUCCUAUCAGAGGAAUGAACGAACUGAUGUUCGAUAGCAGAAAUGGUGAACUGGACGAAAAUUUGCAAUUCCUGAAUAGCCUCAGAAAUGUGUAUGGCCACUUGGGUGAGGAAGAAGGAGGUGCGAGGGGGCCCGCCAUGUCACCUAUAUCACCCAUAAUGUCACCCGUGACCCGUGUGCGUGAUUUGAAGGGAGGACACACCCCCGUUAUUGAUGCCACAUACACUAAUGAUGUGCGCAUGAAGGAGGAGCAGCACCACCAACUGCGUCAGAUGCAGCAGUUGAGGUUAGCAUCGGAGGAGAAUUACCUGGACCACUCGGGCAAGAUACCAACUGACUUGGCCAAUCUAACCAAUCUAUACCCCUUCAAGGAAAGCGAAAUAAAUGACGACUUCCUCUUAAGCAUGAACGAAAAGCAACCAAUGGAUCCUUUGAAGGAUGAUGAGUAUUACUUGAAAAAUGAUAAAACUAAUCACCAUUUAGUGAAUGAUUUGAGGAAUUAUACGGAAGGGUAUAAAAACGAAUCGUUUAUAUUUCCUGAACAGCCAGAUCCCUCAAAUGAUUUUCUGUUCCAAAUGGGUCCCACCAAGGGAAUCCAUGUGGGGGACAUGCACAGAAGAGCAGAUAUGGGGGUACCUCGACAGGAAAGAAUGCAACUCGGAGAGCGAUUAAUUAGUAGGCAUAUUAUACCCCCCUCUGAGGAAUAUGCAUUGAGGAAUAACCUCGAAGAAGAAAAUUAUUACGCCAAGUUGAAUGAAAAAAUAAAGAAUGUAAAGGAAGAGGAGGACGAAGAUUUAUUAUUGUUUAAUCAAGACGGGGACUUAAAACUGGAUGUAACCAAUGACUUGAACGCGCUGAAAAUUUUGAAUAACUACUACUUGGAUGACAAGACAAAUGAUUUUAUGUUAAUGGAAAGGAAUAAGAAUUCUCUUCUUGGUGGGGAGUUCAACUUGUCGGGGGGUGCGGGUUAUAAUGAUGAGCAUGACCCAGGGGAAAGAUCACCAAAUGAACGGGAGAGGUCCCGUAAUGAACGCUUGCCAAUGGAGAGACCACCCAAUGAGCGCAUUGUACGUGAUCGUCCCCAGGCCAACAAACACGGGGGACACAAAAUGAAAGGCGGACCCAACUAUACCAAGGAUAACAUCCGCAACCGCCAUGGCAACCACUUCGAGAAAGGAAAUAAUAUAAACAACAAGAAUUUCCCCAAUGCUCAUGUGGGAAUGUUACGAGAUAGACCCCACAGAAGUACAUCAUCCAGUGGGUACAUGGAUAAAUUUGAUCAGAAAAAUUAUUUUUACAAAAGCGAUAGAAUGAAAAAUAAUAACAGCAAUAAGGCAUACCAAAUGAGUUACUCUCUGUCAUAUGAAGGUGGAGGUGGCAAGGGACAUGGUCAUGCUUUGAGAAAUGUGAUGAGCAGUGAGAUCUACUAUCACACGAACGAAACGAACGGAUCCAUAUGCGAAAAUUUUAUAAUUCGUUUGAAAAAACAACACAUGCUUAAAUUAACGAGCUUUCUAAGGAUGAAGUACAAAAAAGCCAACCUCAAUGAUCUAAAUGAUGACCUGUACAAUUAUUACAGAUUUUUGAACAAAGUUAAUGGAAAUAUCAAACAGAGUAAUUACUUUUUCCGGUAUCGAAAUCUCAUGAAGAAAAGUGACAAGGACAAAUUGCUCAGGAUACAACUGUCCUAUAUGAUUAUAAACCCGUCCAUACAGAAGAAUAGCGGCAAAUGGAAUUUCAAAAAUGACGCUAGAAAUGAUGAGUCAGGGCACCCAACCCUGAAGGAUGGCCAUGAAGCGGGCUAUGGAAUUGAUAAUGACGGAGCAGGUGAAGGACACCAUAGGAGUGGAAGGCGCAUCACAAGUGGAGACCAUACCGAUGGCGAGGCUGAUAGUGUGGACAGUGGUGAUAGCGAAAUUAUAAACCUUGCCGGCGGAGCGGAUAGGAUAAGAAACAACUGUCUUACAAACGAUAAUAAUUUUACCAUGCUUUAUUCCAAUGGGGAGGCAGAAAAACUCUACAGCCUACUACAUGAUGAUAAUUUUGACCUGCACAGCGAAAAUAUACUCAACAUUGACCUGAACAAAAUAUUAAAUUUAACGUCCAGCAGCCCAACAGGAAUGAAAGGGGAUGAUGCGAACGCAGAAAAGGGAAGGGACAAAGACGGGGCAAAUGCUGGUGAGAAUGACAACACAGGUAGAGAGGACGGUGCCAAGUCUGAUCAUCCAAAUGUGGCAGAUAAAGGAGAGAACGAAUGUCAAGUGUCAAAAGAGGAAACGGGAAAAAAAGGAGAAGCUAGCGGCCUGGAUGAAAAAAAAGCUGGAGGACAAAACGAUACAUCUAAGUAUGACAACACAAACAAACUGGGUAGAUUUGUUUUCGCCACUGUGCAUGAACCAAGAAACCUAAUAACCCUAGCGAAGAAUAAUCCCCUAUUUGAUAGCUACGAUGAGGUGGUGGAAAAAUUUAAAAAUAUUAUACUUAGUGAGGUUACCUUGGAGCGGGGAGCAAACGGGGAAGGUGAAGGGGAUACUUCUACACCCAUUAAAAAAUGCACCUCGAAGAGCGUAAAAAAGAAGGAUGUAAAAAAAGGAGAAGACAAAAACGGCACGCAGGACGAAAGAACAUUUGCAAAGGCCAAGAUUCCCAUGCAAGAUGUCGUCACGAAGAAAAUGCUAGAGAUGCUGUGGGACCUCUAUAUAGACAUAAAGAACAUUUACAAAGACAUUGACAAGUGCCCUUAUACACACAUCGAAACAAUAUCCAAAUAUAAUGAAGAGAUUAAAAAGAAAAAAAAUACUCUCUUUAAUUUUAUCCUCUUGAGGAAGACCAGCGACGAGGAAACCAUUUGCAGUUCCCUCAUGAAUUGUCAUAACAACUUGUUCUUGAAGAAUAACAUAAGCAACGUCGACGUCACUGUUAACAAGCAUCUUUACCUAUACCUAACGGACUCACUCUACAGCAGCAUUAAUACGAAUUUUGAACUUCUAAUUCCCCCGACUGUUGAAGAGUUGAUUAUUAACUUGUCUUUUGACAAGACCCAUGUGGCGAAAUAUGUCAAGCGAGGGUUGGAACCCCAUUGCGGUGAGCAGCCAGGUGAUAUGGAGACACCCCCCAACGGUACCGCCACUACAUCACAUAGCAACAUUAGCAACAUCUUUGCGCACCGCUUCCCCUACAAGGACAACCUAGCGGAGCUGGGAAGCUCCACUCAGUUUGGAAAAGUCAUUCAUUUCAACAGAACGUACUGCAACUACAACUUCGGAGGCUACAACGAGUGGGAUAUUUUUGCGUCCUCCGAGAGUGGUGCGAACACUACAGCAAAUGGUGCCUCCGUGGGGACCCCCAAGGAAAAGAAGAAAAAGUCCUUCUUUUUCUUUAAGGAGAAGCAAAGUAAAAAAAAUGAAAAUGACUUAGCGAGUGAAGAAAAAACAAACACAGACGUCGCCACGUCCACAAACAGCAGCAGAGUACACAACGAGGUAACAAAAAUGGAUGUGGACACAAAUCACCUGAAUGAGGAACUCCAAAAAUUGAAGAGUGUACACUGCUUAUUCGUUAAUAGCAUAUUGAAGAAAAAAGGAGCAUGUGUAUACAAAAAGAUAUUAAAGGUUGUAAAAAGGAAAAAGAGAAUGACCCUCAUUUACUCCUUCUUCAGUAACUACCUUCUUUUGCUUUUCCUCUUUGCCCAUGCGGAUUAUUGUUUUGAAAAUAUGCACCAUUAUGAAGAGUUCCUAAAGUUGCAGCUGCUCCACAUGAACGCUAACAUAAACACACUGAAUAAGUUUAUUAAAAAUGAGAAAAUGCAAAACAUAUUUUUCAUGAAUGAACACGAAGCCCAAUUGAGAAAUAGCGGGUUACACCAGUUUAUUAACAUUAGAUGCAAACUCUACAGUAGCAAUGUUUAUUCAUCACUCUAUAUCUACCUCUUGGAUGUCUCUCUGUCCUAUUUGUUUACCCCGGGCAUUGGCAUUGCUUACGUGCAAAGCAUCUUGGCUCUCCUCCUCUUCUACAACUACGUACACUUGUACAUAACGAAGCUUCUCUUUUACAAGAGUGGAGCCGCCCUCUUAACCAUUUUCCUUGUCAAAAUUAUCCCCUACGUUAAGGAGUUUGAUAGAGACCUUAUAAUUUGCUUCCUCUACUCUGUGCUGCACAGCGUGUUCUACAUCCUGUGCAACAUCUUCACGCACCGCCUGGAAGAGGAGAAGCGGACACACAACGGACCCGAAUCGGAGUUGCACUUGAAAAUCUUAAUGAGCAUGCAUAACGAAAUUAGCUUUUACAAAAUUGUGUACAAGAGUGUGUGCAGUUAUUCCCACCAGGACAGCUUCUUGCAGGAGGAGAUCGCCAACAUGCUAGAGUAA